CUUCGACUAAACAAUGAGAAAUGCAUCUCUAUUAAUGACUAGAGAGUAGGCUGAACAAAGAGCCGCCUGCAGGGAACCAGCAGUGUAAACACCGCACCCACCCUCGCGCUGUCAAACCGCAGUAUGCAAAACCGAUCAUCUGGACCCAAAAGACGUGACUUAUGACCGUGUCUCACCGUAAAGAUGCCCAAAAGUCAGCAUUGUAAGAGGACGCAGAGUUAGUCUGAGCGUCAGGGAGGGUUCGCUUCAUCCUGGCGUCGCGCCGCUCGCUCCAGCCCUGCGCCGCUGUUGCGCUCAGUAUCUUCACCGCAAAAUCAAACCAAACGUGGGCAUCGUUCAGCGUGAUUUGACAUCGAUACAUCUGGGAAUCUAGGAGAUGACAUUUAUCGUCAGCAUGUUAACCUUCAGCCAAGAGAUCCUCUUUAACCUUUUCUUUAACGUUCCACACUUUCCAAAACCACGGAUCGGCAUUGGCUGUGUGAACUAAAGUCUUCAGAAAACCACAUUCUGCAAAAUUUCCAAACAUUCUUUCAUCCUCAAACACUAGGAGAAGAUGGACAGUCCACCUAAGCUAGCCAGGGAGACUCUUAUUGUCCACCACAUUCCACUAGUUCACUGCCAGGUUUCAAGCUCACGACAAUGCUGUGGUAGUCCAUUGAAAAGAAACAGUAAUCCUUUCAGCUGCCCGGAGAAUCUGGGAUUGAGCCGGACUACCUCCCUACCUGAGAGAGAUAUUCUUCAGCGGGAGGCGUUGGUGUACAGCAGCCUCAUACAGACAUCGAGCAGCAGCCUUAGCUCUAGUGAUACUUUUGGGGGUGGAGGAAUUAGAGGAGGGCAGAAACAAGGGAGAGGUGGGAGAGAAGGGAGUAUGGCAAGUGACACUUCCUCUUUCACCUCAAGCAAUUCUGAAGAUCAAGGUCAAGGCCUGCAGAUGAAGACACAUGAACGGCUGAACUCGAGACGUAACCCCUUUCUGCUCAACACUGAAGAUGAAGAUGAUGAGGAUGAAGACAAUCUGAAUGGAUAUUUGGAAGACUCCUCUUUUCACCUGCAUGGAAAUUCGCAUGAAAUCUCAAAUGCAGCACUUGCAAAUGAAGACUUGCCGCCUUUCCACCUGCAUGACCUUGAGUUCACCGUUGAACCUUUUCUUUUGCAUGGCUCUACAGAAAAACAGUGGAGUUCCACACAUGGGCCUAGUGGGGAAGCAGAGCACAGAGACCACACAAUAGGUGGGACUUUUGAUUUGUCUACUCACAUGGAGGGACUGAACUUGUUGAGAUUAGAUAGCCACCGGCGCUACGGAAGUAGUGGUUCCACCCUUUCAAUGGACUGUGGUGAGCAAGAAUGGGGUGAGGAUGAUGAUUAUGAAGACCAGUCCAUGCAGGGUGGCAGAGGAAGCUCAGAGUGUUCCAGUCUUGCAGCACCACAUUGCUCCUGUUGCGGCCUUUCUCAGCCAUACCCUGAACCUUUUCAUGAAUCAUUUUCUGAGAGUCACCAGGGCUAUGGCAGUGAUUCCUCCUGCAAUAGCUCAGAUGGAGUGCUGGUUAACUUCAGCACGAUUUACAACAAGAUGAACAAUGUUGUCCCAGCCAAACAGUCACUCAAUAUCAACAGUUCUGCCGAGCAAUCCUGUGCCUCAUCUGUGUCUGAGCUCGUUGGAAUGUGUGGAACAGAAUGUAACAGUGGACGUGGAGCUUUCUACCUGGACUUACACACCUCCCCAAUCAAAACACCUCAGCAUCCUUCGGCCACUCAAGAACAUGCAAACUCUUCUUCUGUAUCUCAGCCACAAGGUGCCACUAUGGAACUAGAUGCCAACUGUAACUCCUACCACAACCUUCUUGGAAGCGAGGCACUGUCCUCUGCUGAAACCUCUGCCAGUGAACUCACCUCAUGUCUUCAAAGCCAAGCUCGCUUGGUUGUAGCAACGCAGAAUUACUACAAGCUGGUGACAUGUGACAUUUCUUCCCAGUCCUCUCCCAGUCCAGUGGGAUCAUCGGUCACAAGCUGUUCAGAUGAGCACAGCAAAGGAAGUCCCAUUCAGCCAACAGAGUACUACCUAUUCCAACAAAUGAAAGAUGAUGAAGAAGAGGAAGAUGCAGAGAAUGAAGAAAAGGAUUCAUGUGGGAUUGAAUCUACCCGUGAGAAUGUAAUUGAGGGGCAGGUGUAUAUCAACAUCUCCCCACCUACAACAGCCUGCAGUUCAGUUGGUGCUUCAGGGAGCAGUCGACCUCGUUCUCGCAGCUACGAUCGGAACCUAGACAAGUCACCAUCUCCUCGCCUUGGGUCCUUGGAGCGCAUGCUCAGCUGCCCUGUUCGACUCAGUGAGAGUGCAGCCCCUAGCCCACCACCUCCACCACGUGUCACUUCUUUUGCGGAAAUAGCGAGGAAUAAGAGGAGAACCGGAGGAUCACCAUCACAGAGGGGUGGAAUGGAGGCCACAUCCAUGAACUCUCACUCAUCUGGAGAGUUCUCGCCCAUCCUGGAAGACCUUCCACAGGGUCAGAGCCACAGUUUGCCGCCACUCACUCGAUCCCAUAGUCAAGGGAGCUGUGAUAUGUCCUCCCCGCAUAGAUCUCGGAGUACACCACUGCGAGAAGGAGGUGCAGGAAAACAGGCUCGAACCAAAGCAGAAGGUGGCCUGUCUAGCUCCACAGACUCCUCUCCAGUUGUAAUUCGCUAUAGCAAAGAUCAACGUCCGACCUCAUUACCCAUUCAGCCUUUCACUUUCCAACACCAGUUUGGAAAACCCCAGGCAAAGCCUCUCCUUCCUCUUCUGGACGGAUACAUCAGCCAAAUGCAGGCUCGAGGGGCUACAGCGCCUGAGGGAGGUGAAGAUGACUCGGAAGAAGAUCGUAGGCCACCUCACGGCACCUCCAAUGCACCUACAACAGUGCGGCCAUCCCCACUGGGCAGCUAUUCCCCAGUUUGCCUCCAAGGUGCACCCACCUCUUCUGGAACCUGCUCGACAUGCACUCCGACCCCUGGUGGUCCGAGACCGCCACGUUCCCUCUCUUGUCCCAUCUCUGCAGGUCUUCUGCCUCAGCAUACCCCAACUGAAAGGGCCAUCUGUACCGAGACUCCUAAACUUGCUCCCUUACCUCCUACACCGCCUCCACCUCCGCUGAUGAAGCAGAGUCUGCUGAUGCCUGCAUUGCCCACUAGAAAUCACUGUUUCCACCGUGGCAAUUUGCCGACGCUUCCCAGCUCAGGUCUCAGUCCUCUUGGACAGUUGGAACCAGUGCCACAGGAAGAGCCAGUGAAGGUUUUACCGGUGUGUGUGACACAGCAACAGCCUAAUGUGCACCACCUUUCCCCACAGGCACUCAAAUGGAGAGAGUACAGGCGCAAGAACCCUCUGGGUGUGGAGCGUGGUAAAAACGGCCCUCAUUCUUUCUCUUGUGCUUUGGAAACCAAGAGACCUGGAACUCGAGUCAUGCGACGCAAUGUGUUUGAUUUCCCUCCCACCAAACAACCUCUCAGCUUCGGCAGACUUAAUGGUCAGUCAUUGAGGCAACUGCCGCAGUGCUACAGUGACUUCCUGCCUGAUUAUUUCUCUCAGACAGAGCGCCCCCCAGAGGAAUUCUGCUUAUCUCCUGAUGCUAAUACUGAAGAAUCCAUCUCUAUAGAUCUGCUGCAGAAGAGAGGUUUGGUGAAGGCCAUAAACACAGCAGUUGAUCUGAUAGUGGCUCAUUUUGGCACCAGUCGGGAUGCAGGAGUAAAGGCCAAAUUGGGCAAUAGCUCUGUAAGUCCGAAUGUGGGUCACCUUAUUCUAAAGUACCUCUGUCCUGCCAUUCGUGAGAUACUGCAUGAUGGACUGAAAGCGUAUGUUCUGGACCUGAUCAUCGGACAACGCAAAAACCAGCCCUGGAGUGUGGUGGAGGCCUCCACACAACUCGGUAUGAGAGGAGUCUCUACACGGGUUUUACACAGUCUGUUUUCUAAAGUCAGUCAGUAUUCUGAGCUGACCAAUCACAGUAUGAGACUCAAUGCCUUCAUCUUCGGCCUGCUAAAUGAAUAUGACUUUUCAAUUGGAAAUGCCUCAUAUUAUGGAAGCAAAAUGCGAACAAUAACUUUAAAAUGGAGGCAGCCCACUACCACUGAUGGGGUUUGGUGUUUCUUUCUCAUGUGUCAUGGGGGCUGCUGUUUGAUGUUUGAAGAGUUACUGCUUCUUCUUCAGCCUCUCUCACUGUUGCCCUUUGACCUUGACUUGCUAUUUGAGCCACACCAGCUACAGAAAGGGGAAGAACACCUGAGACGCAAGGAACAGCUGUGCUCUGCUCGCCAAGGCCUCCACCAAUCAGAUUGCUCCACCUUUCAGCUCAUGCGAGGCUGUGGAACACUGGAGUCUGGAGCACAGGAAGUGGGAAUGCUGCCUCAGAGAGAAAGGUUCUUGUUGAGAGAAGAAGACAGCCGGCUUAGGACAGAGGGAGUGAGAUUAAAAAUGAAAUGUGAUGGGCGGAGGAGUGCGGGAGCAGAAUCACGGGAUAAGGAGGCUGGAGUUGGCAAAGAGUGCUUGAGGAAGAGUGACCCAGGACAGAUAGAUGGUGGUGGGUGGUGUGCUGGCAGGAUGAAGGGAGUUGGAGAAGACUGUGAGAAGGAGAAAAGGAGAGAAAGAGAUGGGGCCAAACAGAGAAACCGACAAGCUGGCUGGUGGUACCAGCUGAUGCAAAGUUCACAGGUUUACAUCGACAACUCCGCUGAGGGCUCAAAAUUUGUGAAGUUGGAGAAGAGGAGGAAAGGUGGUGUUGAGAGCCACCGGAAAAGCCAUCCACCUCCUAGAGAAGGUGUGGUUGAGGGGGCCGAGGCCAUUCAGCAGAUGGAUGAACAGGUGGAACAUUGUCUGACCAGCAGUAGCAAUAUUAAUAGCAUUGGCAAUGGUGUCCUCCACCAAUCAGCAUUGUCAGAACCCACCAAAGUCACAAAGGGGAAGCCAUCGUGGAUGGGAAGUCCACCAGAAUCAGUCCUCACUGAGCUGAAGAAGAGUAAGGAAAAGCAGCCAGACUGCCAGGAUGUCUUUGAAGGGGUUCAGGCCCAGCCAGAAGCAGGGGAGGAUGGGUCGACACAGGUGCUCCGCUGGGGUCGGCUGUUUGGAGCUGGAAAUGCAAGCAAGGUGGAGAAGAGUGAGCAGAAACUAGUCAGAAAACAAAGAUUGCCGUCUGGUUGGUUGAGUCUUGACCGUUCCAUGUUGGAUCUGGUGGCUCAGUCUGUUGGAGUGGGAAAAAGAGUGGAGCAACAUUCUUUCACGUCUCAAAGCCAAGAAUCCCACCUUGGCCCUACUGAACAAGCACAAACACAGAAUCCCCCAACACAGAGACAAGCCCCAUGUGAAGUGAAGGCGCUAUGCCAUCAUAUAGCCACAGAGCCAGGGCAGCUCAGUUUCCAUAAAGGUGACGUGCUGCAGGUGCUCAGCAGGGCAGACUCUGAUUGGCUGCUGUGUGCUCUGGGCGACAGCCAGGGUCUUGUUCCCUUCAUAUACGUCACUCUGAUUGCGGACAGUCAAGAACACUGAAACUCGUAGACUUCGAUAGAGACAGGUGUGAGAUGAGUUUGGGGACAAAGAGGAAGGUCACUGCUUUUCUGAAUAUAAAAUCUGCUGCACAAGGGAUGAGUCUGAGGGAUUCAUUAUGUGCUUGCAUGUGUAUGUAAACACCAAUACACCAGUGCACACACACAAACAUCACACUUUGCUGUUGUGAAAGCACCCUCUUUAUUUCAGUGAACAGCAUUGAGCCAACCAGUGAUUAGAAGUGUAGACAUAGUUAAUAAGUAGUAAAAUUGUUUGCAAUGGACCAUCAGGUUUUGCAACUUGUAAUCAUAAAUGUCAAUAGCCUUUUAAAAAUAACUAAAAAACCAAGUGAAGUUGUUAGAUGACACUACUGGCACAUAUGCCUUGUCUUUAUUAAAUACUGUAUGAUUUUAUCUAAUCUAGAUGUUAACCAACUCAUGUGUUGUGACUGACAGUGUGUGCAUGUCCCCUUCAGAGGUCGUGCGUAAACUGGAGGUCAUUCAUAAAUAUAAUUUCUCACACUGUUUGUGCAAUUAACUGUAUGAAGCUGAAUAGUACAUCACUGAAAAGGGAUGCCUUGGUUUUUAAGUCUACAGGAAUUAAAGCUCAUUAACAUGUUGAAAAAGACAAAAUAUUUUCCCAACCUUACAGUACAAGGGAAAUCAGUCUGUCCAGAGGCAUUUUUUUCUCCAACUUGUGCUGCUUUGACAGGUAAAUUGAUACGCUAAUGCUAAUACCUCAAUCUCUGUCCCUUCAUUUCAAGCUUUUUUUCACCAAUUUCAGUGGACAAUUUACAGCCUGCAAGAUUGCCUGCAUGUGAUGGAGUGCAUCACAAAUGUUUUGCUUUUGCUGAUACUUAACUUAUUUAAAGAGUUUAAAUAAGCUCCAUCUUAAACCUCAAAUGUGCUAUAUUCCUUCCUAUAUCAUCAUUUGCACAAUUUGCAAUAGAUAUUGAAAGGGAAGAAAUGUCUAAUGUUUGUCUACUUUAGAUUUUUGGUUGUUUUGAUUUGGUUCAAGGAGCUUUUGAGUCUGUUUGGACUAUAUUUAUUAAGAUAGAUGUGUCUGUUAAUGAAUGGAUGGAUGUAUAGAUAGAAUGGAAUUGAUUUAUAGGGUUUUAUGCAAGUUGUUGAAUAGAUGGUGAGCAAAAAAGAGUUUAAUGGGGUUUGGUGGCGAAUCCUUUCCCCUUCAAAUAAAUUCAAUUCAUGAGAUGAUUACCUCCAGCUUGUGAAGGUAUUCCUCCAGACACUUAAUGCUCAAAUAUUAUCCACAAACACUUUUCUCUGCUUUUGGCAGAGGACACACACAAAAAAAGAAAUUUAGACAAGGAUGGUAAAAUGAUUUCUUAUUGUGCAUUAAGUUAUAACCAUUUGAUGUGCUAAAUUUAAUAAGGUGAGGCCUUAUGGAAGGGAAUGUGUAUUAUGUAUUAUAUAUUGUUAUUUCAGGACUUGAGUAUGAGCAACAAUUGUAUUUAAAAUAAUCUUGGGCCCUUGGUAUGACAUCUGAUAUGCUUUUGUUUAAAGUAAUAUAUAAAAUCAUAUUUUGAUUUGAUUUUUACAAAUUGCUUUAUUGAGACAUCAAUGGAUGAUUGUCAAAGUAUGUUUUUGUUAAAACAGUUUUAUGAUUUAUAUUAUUUUCUAUUUAUAAAAUGCAUUACUCAUUAUUUUGUGUAUUUGUAAUUGUAAAUAUGUUGCAUUCUCAUCUUCUCAAAAAGGAAAUGACAUUAUUAACAGCUUUCAAUGCUAACAGUUAAUAACGAAAACCAUUCAAAUGUGCAUUAUACUGUUAUGGGAUGUUAUGUUAUGAGAAGAAAAUGCUCUCACAAAAAGCUGCGCAAUCUAGAUUGUAGUGCUGCUGCUUUAGGUCAAUCUUGGUCACUUCAGGUUUGUCUGUUGGUCUUCCAAAUACGCUUUGCUUUCCACUAAAGUCCACCUAGUAAAUAUCAGAGAGAGAGAGAGAGAGAGAGAGGUUGUGAGAGAAAUAGCUGUCCAGUGCCUUUCUGAACCAAUGCUUCUGCUAGUGGGAUUCAAGAGUGGUUCCUCACAAGUGGUUGGUGCCACUCCAGUUGCUUGCGAAACUGGAAUCAGACUGUUUUACUUUUCCUUUCAGAUAGUUAGAAAGUAAACACCAGUGAUAGAGAGGACGUUUUAGUUUGGAGGGUGAUGUAUGUUUGUGCAGUGUUCUCUCUCUCCCUCUAUCUGCUUUGAUCCUCCAAAUAUUUCUGACCUGUAUAUACUGUACGAUACCUGUAGCUCACCUGGCUCUCCUUUCCCGUAUGUGACCAUGUUGUGCUCCUAUAACAUAACCAUCAUGUAUGGAUGUCAAUAACAAAGUGCUCAUGUGAACACUGA